AUAAUAAAUUAAAAUUUUAUUAUUUUUUGCUAUUCUACACUAUUACUAUUAAUAAUAAUAAUAAUAGUAAUAAUAAUAAUAAUAAAUAGGAUAGCAAGAAAAAGUAAUGAAGAAUAAUAUUUAAAAGUACAUACAGCUACAACUACUAGCAAGUAGUACUAGUGUACAGGAAUUUGUUGGUGAACGAAACGUAGGGACGUUGGUACGUAAAAAAGUGCCGCGUUGUUCCGUCGUGUUAACGAAACCGUGGGCCCUUGGUGUUCUUUGUCAUCCGGUUUAUUUAAACGGCGAAGCUGUCAAAUUUAAAUUCAAAUAAAAAAGCCGGGUGUCCAAGGGUUGAUUGUCGGGGGUAAGACCGGGGUUGGUUUCCUCGAAGUACAUAAUAGUGUGUGUCACCCGUGUCCUCGUUUAUUAACAACACGAACGGAAUAUGGACACGGGAGACAUCAGAUUGUCGUAGUCACGAGCGUAAGAUGGCGUUAGUGUUACGAAAACUCGAGUAACUUACUUUACUUACUUACUUACUUACACACAUACAUUGAGCGAGAGGACCAGCAUAUAGACACCCUGAGAAAACGGGACUACUGUCUCUCUACCCAUUAUAUACAAUAUCGUACCACGGGAAUAAUAUUAUAUAUUAUUCCCGUUUUUUAAACAAAAUACGUCCAUCUUACGGGUUUAUUUUUCGUCUCAUAGUUUAAAAUGUCGUUACAGGAAGUCCAAUGUGGGUUAAAAUGAGAUGGCAUCUAGGGAUAAAAAACCCUUAGCGUCUUCAAAAGCAAAGCAAAAGACCAAUAAUGCCAGUUUGUCACCUUCAUCAAGCAGAACAAAUAAAAAUGAUAGUAAUGAUAACAAUAACCGAAAUAAAACAGUACUAGCAUUGAUAGCAAGUAUACCAAGCAGAAGACAGAAAAUAACUGCAAGAAAAUCAACAGCAGCUAAUUACAGCGGUAAUUAUACAUCUAGACUUAGGAGUGUGCCUUCAUUGAUUGAUGAUAAUAAAUCGACGGCAACAACUGAGGAUAUUGGAUUGGAUACAACAUUGUAUCCUAAGAUGAGACCAAAACAAUUUGCUGUUAAAUCUACUGGAUCAAUACCAUCACCAUCUUAUUAUCCAUCUAGACUUAAAAGCGUGCCUUCAUCGGUUAAUAAUAAUAAGUCACCAGCGACAAAUAUUGUACUGGGUAAUUCGAAAGCUAGGGGUAGCAAUCAAGAGCAGAGUAUUGAGUUUGGUGGCUCGUUGAUUGAUAAAAAUUCCCACGGUACUUCUUGUUCUUCAACAAAUUCUACCGCUACUGCAACAGUUACGACAACGACACAGAGCAGUAGUCCAAAGUCAAAUAAAAAAUUGAAAACUGUAUCACCAGAGUCCCAAUUAAAAAGUGCCAAAGUAACGAACAAAAUUUCCGAACGUAAAAAAUCAAUUGUUAGAAAUUCAGGUAAAUUAAAAAAUUCAGUUGAUUCAACAAUUGACGAAGUUGUAGCACUUAUGAUAAGUGGUACGGAAACUGAUGAGUUACCGCCGGUUGAUCCGGAUAAUAAACUUGAGGGUAAAGUAACGCGUAGUAAGAAAAUGUUGUUUGAAGAGUGUGAUAUUAAGAAGGAAUUAAUUGAAGCUGAGGAAGAGACUAAGUCUGAAGACGAGAGUGUGGAAACAAACUCGGAGGGUGGCAGCCAAGGAAAUCAAUCAAAACGACGAGUGAGUCAACGCAGUUUGAGAAAUGGUAAACUCAGACAAUUAGAUUUGAUGGAAGAUAAGAAAGUUCGUCGUAAUGCUGAGGACGAAACUGAUAAUGCUGAUGAUGAGUCGAGUAAUGUAGAGUCUGGUGGACAAAAUGAAGUUACGGAUACUGAUGACAAUACAGAGACGGAAAAAAAUAAUAAUAGUGAACAAGUUGACCGCAGUGUUGAAGGAGAACAACCUGGUGGUCCUAAUUUAAGAUCUAAAGCUAAAGCCAAGAGUACUGAUACCCCAAUAACUGUUGAAGACACACCAGUUAUUGACAGUAAAGUUGCGACAGCAGGGAUAAAAAGUUGUGCUGAUGAGCCAACAAGAAAAUCAUCUGGCUACGAGUUACUCAGAAAAAAUUGUUUACUGGGUAAAUUAACAGUCGGUGAUAAACAAUCACUUAAACCAAGACGCAGUAGUCUGAAUAUUGAUGUUAAAAAAACAAUGGGUCCAUUGUACGGUAGUGAAAAAAUAGAUGGAGUUGUUGCUAAAUCACAAAUAGAUCAAAUGAUUGAAGAUAUUAAAUUAAAUAUCGCAAAAUCAAUAGAAAGUAAAAUUGAAAGUAAAAUGUUAUCACUUGAAAAAUCAUUAGGAAUUAAUAAAAAUUUUGAUAUUCCAAAGAUUGAAGAAAUAGUCGCACCAUUGAGUACAGAAACACAAAAAGUUAUUGUACUUGAUAAAAAUAAUGAUGAAGAAGUAAAACCUGAUGUAUCUAAAUUAGAGACUGUGGCUAACACUAGUACUGAUAAUAAUAAUUCUGUACCCAAGGUAGCUGACACUGCCAAAGAGAUUGAGAAGCUAGUCAUGGGUGACAAUGUAGAGGAUAAACAACAGAUUGCUGAGUCUGCUGAAACCUCCAAGGAUAAGGAUACUGCUGCUGCUGAUGCUGAUGUUGAUGCUGAUGCUGAUGCUGUUGCUGAUGCUGAUGCUGAUAACACACCAGUUACGUCGAAAGAGAGUGCGACAGAAUCACAGAGCGAGAAUGAUCAAAGUCAAAGCUCUUUGCAGUCCGAUGAAAGUUUGGAAGUAGCGACAACGACUGCAACAGCCACCGCAGAAGAAGACGAAACAUUGAGUUGUGAUGAUAAAGUUUCUGAAGAAGAAUCGCAGAUGGAGACAAUUCCGGUGGAGUCUUGUGAUCCACAAGCUAAAGAAACGGAAGAAGAAACACUGGAAACAAUUUCACUGGAAGUUGAAAGACUUGUUACUGAACCUUUGCCAACAAAUUUAAAGGAUACUCAGAGUAAUGACAGUGAAGAAGAUGAUAAUUUAGAAAUGGAUGUUGAGAUGACAGAAAAUAAUGAUGAAGAAAAGGAAAAUAAGGAUGAAGUUGUAGAAAAAAUUGAUCAAGUUGUGGAAAAUGAUGAUGAAGAUAUGGAAAAUAAGGAUGAAGUUGAGAAAAUGGAUGAUGAAGUAAAAGAUGAUGAUGAAGUUGUGAAAGAAAAUGAAGAAAAAACGAUAGAUGAAGUUGUUGAAGAGUCGGUUGUAAAUGAAGAAGUAGAAGAAUCUGUUGUUAAUGAAGAAGUUGAAGAAGAAGAAAAAGAAGAUGAUGAUAAUGAUGAUCAUGAUGAUGAAGAAGUUGUUAAACAUGAUAUUGAUAAUAAUGAAGUAUCAGUGGAAAAAGUAAAUGAUGAGGUCACUGAUGUUGAACAAGAAUUAAAAACUGAAGAAAAGCAGAAAUCGGUAACUCCAGAACCAAGUUCUAGUUCUCAAAUAGACAAGUCAGCUAAAAAUACUCCAGAAAAAGCAGCAGAGGUGGCAGCCCCAGUUGAAGAUGAAAUAAAAUCACGAGAAGAAAAGUCAAGUGAUGUAAAUAAAAGUGGUGUUGAAGAAGGAAGACGUGUUCUGAGAGCGAGAGACAAAUUGAGGAAAUCUGAGAAAGCUCUGAAAGCCGCUGAAGCCAGUGGUGAAGUAAAAUCAGAUGAUUCUAAAAUAAAUAGUAGUGCAGAUGAAACAGUCGAGUCGGGAAUAAAAUCAAAAGAUGAAACUGAAGCUCCAGUUGUUGUUAAAAUUGAAGAACCCGAGCCGAUAACCCGCACAAGACGAAGUCGUGACGUUAAAAAACGCAAAGAGCUUGAAACGUCACCUCAGAGUUUGAAGAGCAAACGGAGCCGACGUGAUACUAAAAAAUUGGAUCAACAAAAAGAAGAAACUUUAUUGGACAAUGAAGUUGCUACAAUAAAUGAAAAUAAACGAUCGUUGUCUGUUGAUAAAUUGACUAAAAGAAUAGAAGGUACUAAGAGCUUGCGUGUUUUUUCACCAUCUGAGACUACACGUGAUAAAAAUAUUGACAAUCGCAGUAAAUCUGAAAACGAUAUUGAGCCGUCAAAAAGCGGGAAAACUGUUCAACUAUCAAGGGAUAGAUGUGAUAGUAUUAAACCAAAGGAACCAUCAGUUAAUCCUGCUGCUGAACAAAUUGAAAAUGUUGAAGUCAUUGCAGAAGAAACCAGCGGAGAUGCAGUGCCUGCUAUUGCUCUGACAGAAGUAUCCGACAAUGAAUCAAAAGCUGGUAAAAUUUCUGAAAGUGUUUUGAAAGACUCGGAUGAAGCUUCGACGUCUGGUGAAUCAACAAGUAGCGUUUCAUUUAAAAUUCUUGAAACACCUGAAGAUAAAGCGCGAAAAGAAUCAAUUCUUCGUAUUCUGGGCUUAGAGUCCCUGGAAAAAGCUGCCGAACGAUUACACCAAAAAGCUAAACGUGAACAGUACACUGGAACAUUGAAAACGAUUAUUAGAGUCAGCAAGGAUAAGGACAAGGAUAAAAAACAAUCACGGUCUCCGUUGAAAAUGGUACUCAAGCAAGGGAGAAAUGAUGGAGAUGGAGGAGAUGCUUCGGAGUUUUACACCAUUCAGAAGGAGCUUGGAACCAGUGGUUUGGGCGAUAGCAGCUCUGGUGCGAACCGAAAGCUCUCUACUAACCACAGACAAUCUUGCGAUGAAGAACACGAGGACACGUCAUUUAAAACUCGACCACGGUUGAUAAUACCAGAAAAAUACUCGUCAUUUUCAAUACAUCCAGGGCGGCCGUGUGCUGACAACUGCUGUUAUUGUUUUGGAAAAUUUGGCUCUCUGGAUACGCCAAUGCAUUUAGCCCAAUUAAAGUCUGAUGAACGGCGGAAAAAAAUUUUAUUAACCGAGGGUCAUCUUAACAAAGACUCGUGUCUUUGUGAUGCCUGUUAUCGUCAUGUUGAUAGAAAAGCAAACAUGAGUCCAACAAAUACAAGUUCAAAACCCCAACGAGUACAUCGUCAACUAUUAGUUUCAAAAUGUUACGUAAAAGAUUGCCGAGACCCAGCAAGACAUACCGUCAAACGACGUUGGAUCCACAAGAUCAAACCUUGUAUCCAAAAUCAGGUGAUAAUUGACGUUAAUCCCGAACCCAGUCAACACACAUCAAUGUAUUUUUGCGUUGAUCACUACGCGAUAAUUGAACAAUUUUUAAUCUGUUCACUGUGUACCCGUCGCUUAACUCGAAAUCAAACUCAUCAUUUAAGUGCAUCGGAGACCAAUGAAUUAAAUCGUUUAUUAGAACAACAGAGAAUACCAGUAUCAGUAACAGCCGGUACAUUUCUUUGCAAACUCUGUCGAUAUUUUAUGACCACUCAAUUCAAGUACAAAGAUAUUGAAAACAUGAGCGCAAAUAAUAAAACAUUUACCAAGGGUUAUCGUAAACGUUUGUUAGAACUUCACAACAUCGAGCUAAUGGACGAUGAUGACGAGGAGUCAUCAUCAACCCAGGGUAUGUCUAUAAAAGACAAACGUAAAAAAUCUAAAAGUUUGAACAAAAGUGCUAGUAGUGUUGGUAGUGGAGGUGCUGGUGGUAGUGCUGGUAAUAAUAGUGCUAGUGGUAGUGGGCCAUCAAAAUCACCAACUGAUAAUUUAGACAAAUCAACAUCAGAAAAAUCAACACCCGAACCAGUUAAAUCAAAUCCACCUGCAACAUCACAAAUAGAAGCUACAGAAAAUCGUGAAUCAUUUGUCGAUCAACGUCCUAAGGCUAGUAAUGAGGAGAAUACAACGACUGAAACUCAAAUUCUUGAUUUAGAAAGUGCUGUAGAAAAAUUAAAAAAACGUAAAGCAUUAGAUCAACAUUUAUAUUCAACAACAUCACCAGUAUUUAAUAAUAAUAACAAUAAUAAUAGUAGUAAUAAUAAUAAUAACAAUAAUGACAAUAGUAGUGAUGUUGUUGAAAUACUAGCAAUGGACAAAGAAGUUACCUUAACACGAUUGCCAAAGCGACCAAGACUCAACAAUGAUAUAACUCCAGUUGUUCAAAGACUCGGUGCAAAUCCAUCAAUAAGUGUACGAACAUUAUUUCCCGGUGAAGAAGAAAUGGGCUUACAUGCAAACGUUGAAUUUUCAAAUGUACGUGAAGUAACACCACAAGGAUGGGAAAAAUGUGCAACAAUAAUACAAUACGAUCGUGAUACUAAAUUACUUUGGCAGGAGCUUCAAAGGCCAUACGGUAAUCAGAGUUCAUUUUUACGUCACUUGAUACUACUAGAGAAAUAUUAUCGUUCUGGUGAUCUUGUACUGGCACCAAAUGCAUCACGUAACGCUAUUAAUUAUUCAACAUCUGUACAAAAUCGUCUGAUAUCAUAUGAAGGACCAGAAAAAAUGGACGAGCCGAUAACAGAUCCAUUGCCUACUGAGUUUAGUAAUUCAAGACGUUUGAGUGGUGGUUACAUGAUGGAGAGAGACAGACUAUCAACUGGUACUCCAAGUACUAGUACUUUGUUAAAUACAACGUCAAUAAAUAAUCCAACAUCUGUUAAAUCAAAUUUUAAUCAACAAUUACAACAACAAUCGCAACAGCUCAAUACCAAAUCAAAUCCACCAAGAAUUUUAAAAAUAAAUAGUGGAGUUUCAAUUAUUAAAAAACCACCGCCAAGUCUUCAGAGACUUAAUUUACCAUCAGCUAGUGGUAGUAAUAAUAGUAAUAGUAAUAAUAAUAAUAAUAAUACUAAUAAUAAUAACAAUAAUAAUAAUAAUAAUAGUAAUAAUAAUAGUAAUAAUAGCAGUAGUAUUACAAAUCAUACUGCAAAUGGUAGUGCCAAACGCAAAGACGGUUUUCCAAAUAAAAUAACUGGUAGUACAUCUGGGGGUAAAGUAAUCCACAUGAGUGAACCAGACUUCAAACGGCUACAAUCUUUAAAAAAACAAAAAAUGUUGAGUGAAAAAAUGACAACAAGUUUAUCAUCGCCGUCAUCAUCACCAUCAACAUCAGCAUCAACAUCGACAUCUUUGUCGUCAUUAACAAACUCAACGGCUGUGACAAAUGUUAAUGCAAAUUUACAGCAGCAGCAAAAAACGGCACAAGUAGCGAGACAAAAUAUCCAAUUUCAUGAGCACAUAAGAAUGCAACAGGAAAUGUUGAACAGACAGAGUCGCGGUGAUUUUGAACCGAUUAUUUGUGAUGUUAGAUCACUUAUUAAUGAAAACACGCCGACGCAAAAUCUUAUAAAUAAUUUAAAUUUACCGAAAUCAAUUCAAGUAACAACAAAACCAUCUAGUAAUAAUCCGAUACCAAUAUUACCAAAAAUGCCUAAAUCAUUAACGGUAAUACCACAGACAAUACAUCGUACUGUUGAUAAGUGACAAAAAAAUAAUAUUAUUAUUAAUCGUAAUAAUAAUAAAAAUAAAAGACGUUUAAAAAUAAAACGGAAAUCUAAAUGACUAAAAAUUUUUUAAUUAUUUAAAUUUUAUUAUUAAUUAAUAUAAUAAUAAAUAAUUAUUAAAAUAUAUUUGGUGAUGAAAAUGAUGAUUUAAGAUUUAAGAGAGACAAAGAUAUGUAAGUAAGCGUAAUUAUUUUUUUGGUAUAAAAGUUGUGUGUUAUCGUAUAUUUAAAAUAUUUCAAGAAAAAAAAUAUAUAUAUUUAAUUUUGUAUUUUAAAAUAUUAAAAUAAUAAUGCACGUAACACAUUUGACAGCAACAUGUGACCAAGAGAUAAAGACGUGAUUGAUAAUUAUCUUGAAAAGAAAAAAAAAUGACUGAGAAUUAAAAAAAAUAUGUGGCGUUAAAAUAAUUAUAUAAAUUUUAAAUUAUUUAUAUCAUAAUUAUUACGUUUCAAUCAACUAUUGAACACAAAAAGUGCCUAAUUGUCACAAUAUAUAUAACUAAAGUUAUAUAUAUUAAAAAAAAAUAUAUAGUGAGAAAAAUACUAAUUGAUAAAUCGUUAUGAUUUUUAGUGAUUAAUUAUUAUGGUUAAAAACAAUCAAUAAAAAUCUAUAAUUAACCCACUACAUAAAUAUGUAAAAUUACAUGUAUAUUUUUAGUUUUUUUUUUUUUUUAUUAAUUGAUAGUUAAAAUUUUCUCAAUCGAAUAGAUCUUUCAUAAAAAAAAAUCAUUUUUGUUAUACGCAAAUAUUUUCUUUCUCAUUUAUCGUAAGUUUAUUUUACUAAUUAAUUUUUAGUCCUGUAAUUUUUUUUUUCUCCAAUAAAUAUUACAAGUAAUUAAUGAUUAUUUAUUAAGUACAUGGUUACUCUCUUGUUAUACGUCUUUACGCAGGAAAUAAAUAUUUGUAGCAAUACCACGUGGGUAUGAAAUGAAAAUUUGAAAAUUAAAAAAAAAAUAUAUAUAUAUAUAUAAAUAUAAAUACAUUAAUAUUAAUUACACAGCGUAUAGAUUAUUACGGAUAUUUUUAGAUUUAGUUUAAGGCGGUGAGCUUAUUUAUUACGUUUAUUCUACUCGCACUGUAUAUAAUUUAAUUAAUAAUUUAAUCUAAUUAACAAUAAUAAUAAUAAUAAUAAUAAUAAUAAAAGACGUAUUGUCUUAUUGGAAAAGUCUUGUUAUCAAUUAUAAUUAUUAUUAUUAUUAUUAUUUUUUUCAUAUCGAAUCGAAAAAUAAUAAAUAUAUCAGAGUAAAACGUAAUGUUAAUAAUAUAUAACACGUGUUAUUAUAUAUUAAUUUAUGCAAACGUUAAAGAGGGACGUAAUGACGUCUGAUAAUCAUGGAUUGAUAAUAACAAUAUAAAUAAUAAUGAUAUUAAUUAUUAUUAUAAAAAUACUGAUAUUGAAAAUUUAAAAAAAAAUUCAAAUGUAUGAUGGAAAAAUAUGGCUGUCUCGCGAGUGAUAGUGAUGUAAAUACUUUAAUUAAUAAGUUAUAUAAAAUAAUGAUGAUAAUAAUAAUGAUUAUAAAAAAAGAAUUUUUAAAUAGAAGGGACUGAUUACGGAGAGAAUUGUAUUGAGUUAAUACAUAAAUUAAAAGUAAUUAAUAACUGCCUGUAUUGAAUACAAAAAAAGAAUUUAUUAAAUGUAUAAAGAAAAUUCACUUUUUUUUUAUAUAUAUUUUAAUAAAUACUAAAUUAUUUGAAAUAAUUAUAAUUGUAAUUAUAAUUAAAAAAAUAUAUAUAAAUAAAUAAAAAGCUCAACAAAGACAAUUUAAACUCGCCAGUAAAAAAAUAGUUUUAUGGAUAUUUAACUUUCUCUCCGUUUUAUCACAAGGAAUUUAAAAAAAUUGAAAUUUAUUUAAAAAAUAUAUAAAUGAUAAUUAAAAAUAAAUUUAUUUGUGAAAGGAAUUUUGAUGGUAAUUACGAAGGUACAGAAUAUAUAUAAAUUCUCUAUUUUAAUAAGGAUAUUUUUGAUAUAUCUCUAUUAUAUAUAUAUAAAUGUAUAUGUAUAUCGAAUAAAUUAGUGAGCAUUGCUGUCGCUUGAUAAUCAGUUGUUGUUACGCUCGAUUUCUUACGAGCUUUUUAGUGUGGCCUCAAAAUAUAUAUACAUAAAUAUAUAUAUAUAUAUACUAUUUCUUUGAUGAUUAUCGAAAAGAUGAUAAUUAAAAAUAAUUACAAUAAAUAAUAAAAAAUGUUUAUCAAUAAUAUGUAAUUAUUUUUAUAUUUAAUUGUUAAUUGAACACUGAAUGGCUACUAUUGAUUAAAAAAAUGAAAUUAAUAAUAAUAAUGAUAAAUAUAUAAAAUUUUAAACGGCGUUACAUCAUUGUAAGCACAAUGAAUUUAAGUUUUAAGAAUUCUAUUUUUCUGGUGGCAAAGGGUAUGAAUUAUUGUGAAAAAUAAAAUAAAAUAAAUGUUUUAAAUUAGGAAUUAAAUUAUUUAAAUUUAUAAAUUUUCUUCUAUUUAAAAUUUUCAAUUAUUUUUUUAACACUCGACACUAUUUGUGUUAAAAAUAAAUAUGUAAUUUAUUGAACGGAUCAUGGUUUAGCGGAAACAAUAAAAAAUAGCUUGGCCUUGCACCAAUUUUUAAUGUUAAUGCAACAAAAAAAAAUGUAUGAUUGAGUGGAGAAUCAUGUCGCCAUGGAGAUAUUUAAUGAGCAAUAAUUGUGAAUGUUUAUUAUUAUUUUUUCUUUAUUAUUAUUCUUAUUGUAAACUCUAUUUAUUUCAAACAAUUGAACAAAUAAUUUAAAAAAAUAAAAUGUCCAUUCUAUGGAUAAAUUUUCUUUGAGAGAAAAAAUAUUUAAAAAUCACCACUAAAUUUAAAAAGUGGGAUUGACAGUGAUGCAAAUAAUUAAUUUAGUUCAGUGAUUUUAUAAAGUAAUUAAAGAAUUUAAAAAAAAAAAAACACUAAAAUAAAAAGUUAUUACGUUACUUUAUAUAAUCGUUGAGUUUAUAUCUAUUAUUAUAAUAAUAAUAGAAAUAUAAUAAUAAUUAUGUUAUUUAAAUUAAUAUUAAAUCAUGUUAUCACUAUUUUAAUGCCUUUGUUUAUUUAGUUAUACAAUGUAAUAGUUAUUUAGGUUCAUCCUUUGUAUAUAUUCGCAACACUCAAUAAAAAUACAAAAAAAUAUAUACAUA